AUGGUGUGUCAUGAGAAGAUGGUGACUGCCAAAGGCCGUGAACGACGAUUUGGACCCAAAGCCACCGAUGAAGAGGUAAAUUUAAAGAUUUUUACCGUGAAAUCUUGGAAUAAUUAAGGACCUUACGCAAAACUAAGGCCUUCAGACAGCCAAUUCUUUACUUGAAAGUUUUUUUUAGCCACAAAGAACUUUGUAUUUUACAUAUACACUUUAUUAUUGAUAAAUCACCUCGUUGACAAAGAUUUUAUCCAGGUUCUGAAAGGCAUGGAUCUCAGCGGCAAAACAGUUUUGAUUACCGGAACGACCACUGGAAUUGGCAAAGAAACAGCCAGAGUUUUGGCAACUCAUGGAGCUCAUGUUGUGAUGCUGAACAGAAACAAAGAAGAUGCUCAGAAAGUCCGCGACGAGAUCUAUUCUGAAACGCCAAAUCGAAAAAUCGACUUGAUAACUGUGAUCUAG